CAUCAUUUAGCUUUUAUUUUGCGAUUGUUGCCAGUGCAGUAAGUUGUUUUGCUUCCAAAAUAAAUAAAAAAGUAUUUUUAAAUGAGUUCAACCAUGCAAGUUGCAAUAAUUGGAGCAGGUGUGAUUGGAACAACCACAGCGAUUCGAUUACAAGAGCAGUUCGCAAACAGAAUAUCAUUGACCAUUUUCUCGGAUCAAUUUUCUCCAAAGACAACCGGUGACAUCUCGGCUGGAUUAUGGGGACCUUAUCAGCUAGGCAAUACUCCACAGGAUAAAAUUUUUACAUGGUCAAAGGAUACACACAACUAUUUUCAUAAACUGUGGAAAGAUGGGGUAGCCGAAGAGGCUGGUGUUUCUCUUUUGCCAGUCACAAGAAUGACAACCGAAGACCAGUCAUAUGAUGUGCCAUGGAAAGAUGUCGUUUUUGGAUGCACUGAUAUGACUAAGGAGACACUGGAACGUUUAAGCGCUGAACACAAACGCAAAUACAAGUAUGGAAUUCACUUCAAUACAUUUAUAUGUGAACCAACAUUUUUUUUACCAUAUUUGUACAAACGCAUCCAAGCAGCCGGUGGACGCAUCGAACGCAAACGUAUUGAAUCAUUCGAAGAAGUGGCCACUUUUGAUUUGGUAAUAAAUUGCACGGGGCUUGGUGCUCAGGUGCUAAUCAAAGAUGAUUACGAAUUGAAACCGGUUCGGGGUCAAGUGAUGCGUGUUAAAGCACCUUGGAUCUUUGAUGUUCUUCUUGACGAUUCGGAUGAUGGAAAUUAUAUAAUUUCAAACAUGCACACAAUCAUCCUGGGCGGAACGCAUCAAUUGAAUGACUACAAUCAAAAUGUGGAUGCGGGUGACAGAAAAUUUAUUUAUGAAGGUUGUAUCGGAAUGAAUGCAUCCAUAAAACGUGCCGAAAUCGUUAAGGAAAUGGUCGGAUUGCGACCGGGCCGAAGUCAAGUGCGACUUGAACGAGAUACAUACACAACGAAGCGCGGUAAACAGCUGCAAAUAAUUCAUAAUUAUGGGCAUGGAGGCAGCGGUGUUACGCUAUCAUAUGGCUGUGCGAUUGAAGUCGCUGACAUUGUCAAUGUGGUUAUGGCGACAAAUGUAAACACACCGAAAAGCAAACUGUGAAGCAAUUGGCCUGUACGCAACCGGAAAAGUUACGCGUUAUCAAUUAUUUCUUAAUAAUAUCAUUACAAAAGGGUUUCUGUUUCGUUCGUUGACAUAAAACAGUCUUUGACUGAAACAACUGCGUCUUUAUGGAUGAUAAACAUUUAUUGCUGUGAAUAAGUUGUGAGAGUAUCUUUUAUUGGCGUUACACAGAGCUACAAUUUCAUUAUAAUACAAUAGUUCAAUAUUAAUUGUGAUUAUGUGAUUUUUUCAAAUUUGAUCAAUUUUUACACUUUUUUCUGAUGAAAAUAUACUUAUACUUCUUAUAACUAGGUAUUUUUGUGGACAAGAUAAUACAAAGAAUCCAUGGUGUUUGUAAGCAACUUUGCAAAAAAAAGGUUUUUAACUAGUGCAAAUAAAAGUGAAUAAAUUAUUAUUGAAAUAUUAAUUUUCACAACCAGCGUUAGUCCAUAAACCAACGGUCUUUCAUCAUGCGAUAGAAAAUUCAAAAAUCAAGUAGUUUCGUCACGCAUCAUAGUAUAGAUCAACAAAGUAAUCGUAUAAAUUCGGGCAAAAAUCUACAAAAAUCAUUUCAAAUAUUUGUUCAUUCAACCUAAGAGCAAAAGUUGGUUCUUCUAUUAGUCUAACUAAACCAACUACCUUAAUGCAUGAAUUCAAGUUUAGCGGAAUAAAGCCUCCGAUGGUGGGUAAUUUUGGAGUUUGACAGCGACGCAAGAAAAAUUUAUAAAAAUACUGUUCCUUCAUAUUCAAUUGAUGCCAAUCCAAAAGUAAUGCAGAUUCAUAGAUCCGAUCAUGCUGCGUUCGAAACUCAAUUUUAAUGAAUUAAAUCACCGUAAAAGUUUUGAAAACAUUUGACGACUUCAAAUGUGUUAAAUCAAUACAUACCGUAAGCUGAACACAAUUACCCAGUAAGCAUGCGAUAAAUAUUUGAGACAAUAGCAGUAGAAAGGUUCCAAACGUAGGGAAAUAAUGCAUCUAAAAAAGUGAUAAUGUCCAGUAUUGUAGUUUAACAAAUUAUAACAACUAAAAAGCUGAAUUUACUAUGAAAAUUGGAUAAAAAGAAACAAUCGCGCCGAAUGUUGCCGUACUGAUUUGCACAAAGAAUGUUCGAAAUGUUAUUUUAUCGAUGCGCCUCAUAUACACCACAGGCCAUAAGUUUGGAUACCCCUAUGAAACGUUUGUUUCUACGUUUUUUGAACAUUUUCACUUGAAAUUUAGUAUUGGAUAUGAAAAUAUAUCGAAAUUCUGACCGAAUGGAAGUUUUGGAAGUUAACAUUUGGCCGGCCUAUGGCCAUCUUUUGGCAGAGCCGUAGCAACACUGUUUUGCGUGGAGGGGGGGCAAUUUUUUUCUAAAUAUAAUUUAAUAUUUUACACUAAUCCAAUAAUUAUAAUUGUUUCAUAUUAUCGACCAUUCCAUACGAAAUCAAUCAAAAUUCACAAGGGUUUUCAGAAUCGCUUCAAAUUUUGCAUGGAAGUUGGGUUUGGCCAAAAACUCAAAACGCCGAAAUUUUUUCCCGAUAUCUGCCCCUGUGUGCUCUGUGGUGGUGGUCGAAAUAAAAAUCUCAAUGAGAUCAUCCGUGGAUGAAAUUUUCACACAAGUUGGGGUUUUACAAGCCCUUUCCAGCGCACACUCAAGGUACCCCCAAAAAUCCAUCGGCACUGAUUUUUGGGUUACUGAACAUUCAGAGUAAAAAUAAGAAAUGUAGUACCCCAAAAAGUAUCAAAUUUUAUUUCUUUUUUGGAUUCGUCACCUGAAAUUGUUCGAUUUUAGCCAAAUUCUAUUUUA